AUGGCUACAUGUAAACAUAUUAUAGACCAAUCUUCUGGAUUAUCAUCUGAAAUAGCACUUAAUACAAAAGUGUUUAAGGAUGAUUGUAUGUACUGCUUUGAUACGCCAGAAAAUAAUCCUUCAGGAUUAGAUAUUUGUUUACAAUGCUUCCAAUCUUUCUCCAGAGGAGAUAUUAAUCACACCCGAAAGCAUUAUGAUAAUACGGAGCAUGCGUAUUACUUGAAUGUUGUCAAAGAACUAAAGCCUGACGCUGAACGUAACCAAUUUCCGAAGAAUGAAGAAGGUGAACGCAAACAAAAGAUUGCCAAGCUCGAAAUCAAAGAUACCCAAGAGGAAGAUAUAUAUAAUAUUACGAAAUCUGUUUACUGUUUGGAUUGUGAUCAGUCCUAUUCGAUUGAAGAUUCGCCGGAAAAUAUUCAACGCUUAAUUGAAAAUGUAUUGAAGUCCAAUUCAUCUGCUAGAGACGAUGAAAUAAAGGCUUGGGAACAAGAAGUAUUUCCGUGUGCACAUUCAGUAGACAUAGAGCAAUUUCCCAAUAACUCUGUUGAUUUAUCUGUUUGUGCUCAAUGUGAUUUGAAAGAAAACUUGUGGAUUUGUUUGCAUUGUGGAAUAAUUGGGUGUGGUAGACAACAGUUCGGUUCUGCGUUGCAAGGCAACUCGCACGCUUUGACACAUUAUGAACUUUCAGGGCAUCCAGUUGCCGUUAAAUUAGGUUCUCUAUCGGCUGACGAUGUAAAUAAUUGUGAUUGUUAUUGCUACCAAUGUCAGGAUGAAGUUAAAGUGAACGAUCUUUACGAAAAACUAUUGAAAUAUGGUAUUGAUUUAGCCAAAUCGGUGAAAACGGAAAAGAAUUUAAUCGAGUUGAAUUUAGACCAAAAUUUGAAUUGGGAAUUUAAACUUGACGGUGCCAAUGGUGAAAAAUUGGAACCCGUUUUUGGUAAGGAUUUAACUGGUUUUCAAAAUUUGGGUAAUUCAUGUUAUUUGAAUUCUGUGUUGCAAGCUCUAUUCAGUUUACCAAAUUAUCAACAAUAUUUUGGCAAACAAGAAUUUCCGAGCUAUAAAGAAGUACAGGACCCAUCUAAAGAUUUACUCAGUCAAUUGAUUAAAGUUCAUGAUGGAUUACUUUCAGGAAGAUAUUCAAGACCAAAUUCUUUGAAAGGAGAUGAUUACCAAUUAGGUAUCAAGCCUUCCACCUUCAAAUCAUUGAUUGGAGAAAACCACUCAGAAUUUAAGACCCAGAAACAACAAGAUUCGUUUGAAUUUUUAUUGUAUUUGCUUGAUAAAAUUGAUAAUGAAUUAGGGUUGAAUUUAAAUAGGCCAAUGAAAUUCUUAAUGGGGAGCAAGGUAGUGUGUUCUAAAUGUCUACAUGGUAAGAUUAGUAUGGAAUUAAUAGAUAAUGUCUCUGUUCCCAUUGAUGAUGAAAUAGAAAGCAUCGACCAAGAAACCGGUAAAAAGACUUAUAAAGAAACAAAUAUAGUGGAUAGUUUUAAGAAUUACUGCGCAGAAGAAGCUGUUGAAGACUUUAAAUGUGAUAGCUGUGAUUCGCCUUCUUCCACGGCUAUUAAGUCCACUGGAUUCAAAACAUUUCCUGAUGUUCUUGUUGUAAACGCAAGAAGAAUCAAGCUUGAAAAUUGGGUUCCAGCCAAAGUGGAUGUUCCGAUUUCAAUUCCAGGAUCUAUUGACCUAUCACGUUUUACAGCACCACAAGCAGCAUCUGGAGAAACCAUAAGUAGUGAAACCGAAAACGAGAACGAUUCUAAAGAAUUUAUUCCAAAUGAAGAGGGUAUGUCAAUGUUGUUAAGUAUGGGCUUUCCUGAAGUGAGAUGUGUCAAAGGAUUAUAUAAUACUGGGAAUAACAAUGCUGAAGAUGCCAUGAAUUGGAUUUUAGCUCACAUGGAUGAUAUUGAUAUUGAUGAACCUUUCACGCCGUCUGAUAGCAAUGUAUCAUCGACUGAUCCAUCACAAGACUCAAUUGAUAAUUUAGUCGCCAUGGGAUUUUCCAAUCAAUUGUCUAAAAAGUCAUUAAUUCUUAAUAAAAAUGACAUUAAUGCUGCUGUUGAAUGGCUAUUUUCGAAUCCUGAUGACGAUGGUGUGAUUGAAGAUUCCAAACCAAUCAUCAAUGUAGCUCAAGAGUGUAAAGAACUUACACAAGAUUUACUCGACAAUCCGCCAUCUAAUGAUGGCAGAUAUGAUGCAAAGGCUGUUAUUUGCCACAAGGGUUCUUCACCCCACACUGGUCAUUACGUCGUCUACAUUAGAAAACUCAUCAAUAAUGAAUCAAAAUGGGUAUUAUUUAAUGAUGAGAAAGUUGUUGCCUGUGAUGAUGCUAGUAUCUCUGAUAUUAAAGAGACCGGUUAUAUUUAUAUUUUUGAAAAGAAGUAA